AUGGCCACGGUACAGAAGGUGGACAAGUGUCCGGAAAAGUAUGACACAUAUGCACCCGUAGCCUCGGAACUGCACCGUCAGAUUGCACAGGAUGAGUUACGUGAAGAUCGAACGAUCGUCGAACAAGCGUUACAGCAGAUGCGUGACUGGAUUGCCAAAAAUCCGGCCAUCCUUUCGUGCCGCACCGAUGCAAAUUUUCUAUUGCGGUUCCUGCGUGUGCGUAAAUUUUCCCAUCUGGCCGCGUGUGAAACGUUGGAGCGUUAUCUUGCCGUCCGACAGCGAUAUCCGGCCUGGUACAGCAAGCUAGAUACUGCCGAACCGUGGGUAAAGGAUGUGAUCGAUUGUGAGUUUAUAGUGCCCCUGGGACGUGACGAUCUCGGACGGAUUGUGUAUCUGAUCCGGUACGCUAACCUGGACAUCGACCGGUUCGGAGUGACGGACCAGGUGCGUUUCUUUACGAUGGUGUUUGAAGCCAUUUUCGCCAACGAACUCAACCAGAUAGCGGGCAUCGUGUGCAUCCUCGACGAUACAAACGUUUCGAUGCGUGCCUUUGCCCAGUGGUCGUUGACGGAUGUUAAAAACUACAUCGAUUGUGUGAUGAAAGUGUUUCCGGUUAGGGUGAAGGAGGUACACGUGGUCAAUUUGCCACUGUUCGGUGCAACGGUUGGUGAAUGGGUUUUGAGUUGCUGCAGUGAGAAGUUGAGAAAUCGAUUCAGGUGUUACCGCUCGGUAGAGGAGUUUAUCGGCAAAACGAGUCUACUAUCAUUGAUGCCCAAGGAAUACGGUGGCAAGCAGGAAGCGGCAGAUUUGAAGCGAAAGCUCAAGGAAGAGCUGGAUCAUUACAGGAACGUUAUACUGGCAUUGGACGAUAUGAAGCUAGACGAGAAGCGGAGUGCAGCGUGGAAAAGUCAAAAUACUGAUGCUGGAAUGAUUGGAAGCUUCCGAAAAUUGGACGUCGAUUAA